UUUUUAUUGGAAGCUGAAUAAACGUCCGGCAAAUUAAUAUGGAAUGUGAAUAAUAUUAUGUGAAUUAUUAUGUGAAUAACAUUACAGGAAAGUUUUAUACAUUGUAUGUCAAUUAUAUAAUGAUAUACAUCGUAUUAUUUACAUAAUACUGUAGACUUUGAAGAUCAUGGUAUGAUAGUAAAUACAUUCAAGUAUAUAUAUUUUGUAUGUAACGUUCAAAAAAUAAUAGAUGUUACUGUAUGACAUUGUUCAUUUGUGCAAUAAUUGCAGUUGAUAAUAAAGAUUUAAUAAAUGAAAUUGGUGUUAAUAUCAUGUUUGUAAAGAAUACACAAAAAUGUUUGUAUAUCUUUAAGGUUAUGGUAUGAAAACGCCUUUUAUACAGUAUGAAUUCACAGCACGAUUUUGCUAGCAAAAGUAAACGUGAAUAUCAAUAUGAUGAUAGACGAAAAAGAAAGAAAAGUCAUAGUUCAAAAUCACCGCUUAAAAUAAGAUAUAAUCAAGAAAUUAUAUCAACUGACAAAGAAAGCAAUUUUUCUCAAGUAACUUAUAAAUCUGAUCAAAGUUUCAACAACUUUUAUUUUAGUAAAUACAAAUAUGAAUUGAACAAAAUGUUCUCAGGAAAUUUAAGUAUAGUACAGGAUACUGAAGACUUUUGGAAAUUUGUUAAUAAAUAUGAAACUGUGCAAAAGAAACUUAAUACUCCUGAUACUUCAAUUGAUUUUUCAUUAAAUGAUAUCAGUGUACCAAAAAUAUAUCAUAAAUUACACUGUAUUAAUUUUAAACUAAGUUCAAAUUUUAAUGAGUUAUUUGCACGUGUUCCACCGACUGAAACAUUAACAAAGAAUCAAUUACUAAGGUUUCAGAAUAUAAUUAUUUUAUACUUAGAUUUUAAACAGAAAGAAAAAUUUGCAAAACUAAAAAAACUUAGAGAAUCUCAAACAAAUUUACCAGUUCAUCAAUACAAGCAAGAGAUUACAGAGACAAUAAAAAAAGAGAGAGUAGUUAUUAUAGCUGGUGAUACUGGUUGCGGAAAGUCCACGCAAGUGCCACAGUAUUUAUAUUCAGCAGGGUUUCAAAAAAUUGCUUGUACACAACCUAGGAGAAUAGCUUGUAUAUCAUUAGCUAAGCGUGUUGCUUUUGAAACACUCACUGAGAAUUGUAAUGAGGUUGGAUAUCAAAUUCGUUUUGAGAAACAAAGAAAUCAAAAUACUAAAAUUACUUUUAUAACAGAAGGUCUUUUAUUGAGACAGCUGUCUGGAGAAUCUAAUUUGUUACCUUAUGAUGUCAUUGUUUUGGAUGAAGUGCAUGAACGUCAUUUACAUGGAGACUUUCUUCUUGGCAUUAUGAAGUGCAUUAUUAAUCAAAAACAUGACCUAAAAUUAGUCCUUAUGUCUGCUACUAUUAAUAUUGAGCUCUUUAGUAAUUAUUUUGCAAAAGAGGAUGUUAAAAUAAUUCAGGUUCCUGGACGAUUGUAUCCUAUUCAACUAACAUAUAGACCUAUUACAAUAGAAGAUUUUCGAUACAAGAAUGAUAGAUUCAAUCCAAGCCCUUACAUACAAAUAAUGCAAAUGAUUGAUCAGAAAUAUCCAGCUGAUGAAAAGGGUGAUUUAUUGAUAUUUUUAAGUGGAAUGAGUGAAAUUACUGCAGUUGUUGAUGCAGCAAAAGAAUAUAGUCAGAAGAAGAAUAAUUGGGUUGUCUUACCACUUCAUAGUACUUUAGCUAUCAGUGAACAAGAUAAAGUAUUUGAUUAUGCACCUGAAGGAGCGAGAAAAUGUAUAGUAUCUACUAAUAUAGCUGAAACUUCUAUUACUAUAGAUGGAAUUAGAUUUGUUUGUGAUAGCGGGAAAGUAAAAGAAAUGAGUUAUGAUCCAUCAUGCAAAAUGCAACGAUUGAAAGAAUUUUGGAUUAGCAAAGCUAGUGCAGAACAACGAAAAGGAAGAGCUGGUAGAACUGGACCUGGAGUCUGUUAUAGAUUAUACUCGGAAGAAGAAUAUAUGGCAUUAGAAAAAUACUCAACUCCAGAAUUACAACGUGUGCCUUUAGACUCUUUACUUUUACAAAUGAUAGCUAUGGGGCUUCCAGAUGCGCGAAAAUUUCCUUUUAUAGAACCGCCACCGUCAGAAAGUAUAGAAAAUUCAAUUUUGUCUUUGAAAGAACAUGGUGCCCUCACGGAUAAUGAAAAAAUAACAUGUAUCGGGAAAACACUUGCACGUUUACCUGUCGAUAUAACAAUAGGGAAAAUGUUAAUAAUGGGUUCGGUUUUUCAUCAAGUAGAACCAGUAUUAUCCCUUGCUGCUGCUUUAAGUAUACAAACACCAUUUACGAAUAGAGCAUAUAGGGAUUCAGAAUGUGAGACAUCUAGAAAAAAAUUGGAAUCUGAUCAUGGUGACCCAAUAACAUUACUAAAUGCAUUUAGAGAAUGGUUAGAAGUGAAACAGCAAAAUUCCCAAGAAUCUAGAGGUACUGGUACUAGCAGCAGAAAGUGGUGUAAAAGAAGAGGCUUGGAGGAACAAAGAUUUUAUGAAAUGAUAAAAUUAAGAGCACAGUUUAAAGAAUUACUUCAGGAUUGUAAUUUAUUAAAAAAUCUUCCAGAACCAAACUCUUCUAUGAGCAGUGCAGAACGUGCAAUAAGACAUGGAGAAUUAAAGCUCCUAAAGUCCUUAAAAAGAACUUAUAAACAAAGCGAACCUAGAAAGCGGAAACAAUUAAAGUUAGAAUCAUUUGAUAUACAAUUAGAAGAUAAUGAUAACGAUGACAAAGAAAUUGAUAUAAAGGAUGUUGAAUUCCGUAUGAGAAAUGAUCCCAAUCAAGUUCAAAAUUUAUUGAUAGCAGCUAGUGCAUGUAGUUACAAAGACUUAACAAUGUUAAAAUUAAUAUUAUGCAGUGGCUUAUAUCCGCAGUUUGCAUGUGCAGAUGAAUUUAAUUAUUGUAAGUCAAUGAGUGAACAAUUAUUUCAUACAAAAGCGAAACCAUAUAUUGCCUUACAUCCAAUGAGUUUUUUUGGAAAUCAUCCACAAGUACUACAACUAGAAGAAACUGAUAUUGUAUCGAUACCAGGAUACAAAAGCAAAAGUCCGGUCAGUCCGAAACAUACAAUAUUAGCAUAUUUAUCUCUUUUAGAGACGACAAAGCCUUAUUUAGUGAAUACACUUCGAAUGCCUGCUGCGCAAACGUUACUUUUAUUCGCACGUGAAAUUGAUACAAAUAGUACAUUUUCAAUAAUUGUAUGUGAUUCAUGGUUAGCGUUAGAAUUUCCAGUUCCUGAUAGUGGUCAAACGUUAUUAAUGAAAGCUACAAAAUUACGGUAUAAAUGGGACUUUUUAUUAAAUCAACGAUUACAAGAUCCAAACACGAAUGAUAGUGAGAAACAAGAUUUUAGCGAAAUUGAAUACACUCUUACUCAAGAAUUGAUUGACUAUAUGCAUACCACAAUUCCAUAUACAUUAAAACGACUUUUACCAGCUGAUCUUAAAACAAUAUAUACGGGAAGUAAUGAAAAUAACAUAUCAAUAGAUUCCAAUCCAUUUCAAUCUGAUUUUGUGGUAAUUCCCAAUUUAAUAAAAGGAGGAGUUUAUGUAACAAAUAUUAUUACAUAUAAUUGUGUGAGGGAAACAGAAUGGAGUGAUAAGCUUUCUUUAGAAAUGUCAGAAACAGAAUGGCAAUGUCAGAAUUGUAAUAUGCAAGCAAUUCUUACAAGUAUACAGAAAUUGCAGCAUCAACAGUCUUGUAAUAAACAGCAAACAAAUGAAACUGAGAAACGUUCCAACAAUGUUAAACGUAAAUCUAAUGCACAAGCUUACGAUUGCCCGGAUUGUGCACAAACACUAUAUCUGACACCAAUUGAAAUACUUAAACACAGGAAGUCACAUAUUAAAUAAACCUUUUUAUACUAUAAAAAUACAUUUUGUAUUUGAUAUACAUAUAUGCAAUCGUGUAUUUACAUCAGUUACAAAGCAAUAAAAGUAUUAUAAUAUUUAUAUGUACAUAUAUAAAUAAUAAAUAUUUAAAUUUUU